AGUCGCCUCCGCGGCCGCGCGGGGAGAGGCAAGUCUCCCCGGCUCCCGCCGCCGCCGCCAUGUUCUGCUACUGCGAGGGCCUGUUGGCGGCCUUCUCGGUGCUGUUAAUGGCGGCGCUGGCGCUGAGCCGGAGCGCGACGCUGUCCUGCCUCCUGACGGGCGGGGCCUACCUGGCGCUGCGGCUCUUCAGCCUGGAGCCCGUCCCCUUGGAGCGGGCCCGGCUGGUGGUGCAGCCCCGAGGGAACCCGGCCCGCGUGGCCCACCGCGGAGGAGGGCACGACGCGCCCGAGAACACCCUUGCCGCCAUCAGGCAGGCAGCUGAGAAUGGAGCAACUGGUGUGGAAAUUGAUCUCGAAUUCACUGCCGACGGCAUUCCUGUCCUGAUGCAUGACAGCACUGUAGACAGAACUACGGACGGGUCUGGAAAUUUACGUGAUUUGACGUUUGCUGAGAUUCGGCGAUACAAUCCAUGUGCUAAGCACAGAUUAUGGAGGGAUUAUCGUGGAGAGAAAAUACCGACACUGAAAGAAGCUGUUUUGGAAAGUAUGCAUUAUGACCUUAUCAUCUACUUUGAUGUUAAAGGCCAUGCUGAUCAGGCAGUUGCAGCUCUAAAAGAUCUUUACCUGGAAUAUCCUCGACUGUACAAUACUAGUGUCGUUUGCUCUUUCAUGCCAGAUGUGGUCUACAAGAUGAGACAAGCUGAUAGAAAUGUCAUAACGGCUUUGACUCACAGACCAUGGAGCCUUAGUCACUUUGGAGACGGGAAGCCUCGCUUUGAAUCUUUUUGGAAACACUAUUUCAUGAUGGCAAUGGAUGUUAUUCUAGACUGGAGCAUGCACAAUUUUCUAUGGCACUUAUGUGGCGUUUCAGUGUUUCUGGUACAGAAAAAUUAUGUUUCACAGGAGUACGUGAGACAGUGGUCAUCUAAAGGGGUUCAAGUUGUUGCCUGGACUGUAAACACGUUUGCUGAAAAAAUGUACUAUGACAAUGUUCUCCAGUGCAGCUACAUGACGGACAGCUUGCUAGAAGACUGUGACCCACACUAUUAGCAUUGGCCUUAUUUGAUCCCUCUGCAUUUCCUGCAGCAGACUGAGGUUCAAAAGCAAUGGAACUUUUGGGAUUCAUGUGAUCAAGGGGGCACAGAUGCUCUUGGGAUGGAAUCAUUACAAUGCAGAUGUGUCAGACUGUGUCCUUUCAUCAUGCUGGAUGGCGAUUUUAACAUUACAAAUCAUUUUGAAUCUUAGGGGGAAAGAAUUGAAAAUCUCGGU